AGAUGAUUAACACUCCCUGCCUGCCACUGUCUUGAAGAAGUCUGGAAGGUGCUUCCUCAGGCACACCAGGAGGGCUCUCCUCUUCACAAAUGCAUUAGGUCACAGGUGAGAUGGCAGGCGCUGGGCAGCGCAGAGGAAAAAAAGAUGACAACGGCAUCGGCACAGCCAUCGACUUCGUGCUGUCCAACGCCCGGCUUGUGCUGGGUGUGGGUGGAGCAGCCAUGCUGGGCAUCGCCACGCUGGCCGUCAAACGGAUGUACGACCGGGCAAUCAGUGCUCCCAGCAGCCCCACUCGCUUGAGCCAGUCAGGAAAGAGAAGCUGGGAAGAGCCAAACUGGCUGGGCUCCUCCUCACGCUUACUGACCCAGGAUAUGAAGACGAACCUCAGCCGCUCCCUGCAGACCCUUCCCACCGAUCCUUCGGCCACAGACACAGACUUUUUCCGACCCACAAGGCCCAAGCCAUCUGCCAAGAGGAGUCAAGUGGAGCUGAAAAAAUCCCGCCUUCGUCUGUCUCUGCAAGAAAAGCUCUUUGCUUAUUAUCGGAGGAAGGUGGCUAUCCCAGCAGAUGAGCAGGCCCGGGCCAAGCAAGCAGCUGUGGAUAUCUGUGCGGAGCUGCGCAGCUUCCUGCGUGCCAAGCUGCCGGACAUGCCCCUGCGUGACAUGUACCUCAGCGGCAGCCUGUAUGACGAUCUGCAGGUAGUGACAGCUGACCACAUCCAGCUCAUUGUGCCUCUGAUGCUGGAGCAGAACCUGUGGUCCUGCAUCCCCGGAGAGGACACUAUCAUGAACAUUCCUGGCUUCUACUUGGUGCGUCGGGAAAAUCCAGAGUACUUUCCCCGUGGGAGCAGCUACUGGGACCGCUGUGUGGUGGGAGGUUACCUUUCCCCCAAAGCUGUAGCAGACACCUUUGAGAAAGUUGUAGCUGGCUCCAUCAACUGGCCAGCAAUUGGGACUCUCUUGGAUUACGUGAUCCGUCCAGCAGCUCCCCCAGCAGAUUUGACACUGGAAGUCCAGUAUGAUCCAGAACGGCAUCUUUUUAUUGACUUCCUGCCAUCCCUGACCCUGGGUGACAUCAUCCUUGUGGCCAAACCCCAUCGAUUGGCCCAGAAUGACAAUUUGUGGCGACUGAGCCUGCGGCCAGCAGAAACAGCUCGCCUCCGGGCCCUGGACCAGGGUGAUUCUGGCUGCCGUUGCCUGUGCCUGAAGAUCUUCAAAGCAGUAUGCAAGUCAAACCCAGCCCUGGGUCACCUCACUGCCAGCCAGCUCACCAAUGUCAUCCUGCACCUAUCCCAAGAAGAGUCCGACUGGUCCCAGGACAUGCUGGCUGAUCGCUUCUUGCAGGCGCUGAAGGGGUUGAUCCGUUAUCUGGAGGCAGGUGUUCUGCCUAGUGCUCUGAACCCCAAGGUGAACUUGUUUUCAGAGCUAACCCCUGAAGAAGUGGAUGAGUUGGGCUAUACCCUCUACAGCUCUCUGUCAGAGCCAGAGGUUUUGCUGCAGACGUAAUGGGGCCUUACCUAGGGAAGUCUUGAUAAGGUUUAGCCACGGUGGACUUCGAUUACUGCGAAAUAUGUCUCCUCCACUUUUCUCUCUCUCUCUGUCUCCUUUUGGCUCAUUAUUAUUUCCUGCUGUGGAGCUGGUGCUCCCACUGAAUUUCUUGGUGCUACAGGUCCGUUUCCAUCAUUUCUGCCCCAACAGGUACCGACUGGCUAGGGAAAAGAGGCUAAAAUUGCCCCUCUAAGAUCUUUGCAUAAAUUCUGCACGUUUAAGUGUCUACCAAAAAAAAAAAAAGGCAAACUAUGCA